AAUGAUGAGAAUUGUGAAGAUGAAGUAUGGACAAUAUUGUUUGUGAAAACACAGGUAUGGACGUAGUUGACAAUAUUGUCGCUCAAAUAGAUAGCACACACAUUACCAAUGACUAUGAGCACAUGCAACAGAACCGAAAACCACGCUCAUCUAGUAUUACUUCAACAUCCAACCAACCGGAAGUCCGUGCAUGGCUUCAAAGAAAUGGCUUCACAUCUAAAACCUGCAAUAUUCUCUGGAAAUAUGAUGCCCGCGAGUUGUUCUCUUUAACAAUGAAUGAACUUGAGCAAAUGCUUGGUUAUGAGGAAGGUUACAAACUUCAGUGUCACCUGGAUGGUCACAAGCAUAAGAAGAAACUGGGGUAUGCUAAUGAAUUGGAAGCUGUUCUACGAUUCCGCAGGGGACCACCGGAAAAGUAGAUAGGAAAUGAAAACCUGUUAAUUUCAUCAUUCUUUUGUGAACCUAAGCGAUGAAACUGCUUUUUAAUUAUAACUAUGAAGUUGUUUGUAAUAAUGAUAAGUAUUAUUAUGGUAAAUAUCAUUAUGAUGGCGAAGAAAUAUACAAUGUUGAGAAACAGUCCUGAAACGUCUGAACAUUGUUAGGAGUUAAACAUAUCCUUUUUUGUUUGUAGUAUAUAUAUUUUAAUCUUUAACUAGUUUUUGUCAUUGGAUUGCCGUCAUACUAGGUAAUUAUGGCCUUUAAGCGGGUAUCUUAAUCGAUUUUAUUGAUCAUAGUACUUAUUUUAAAUCUGGUGCUGGUCUUAUAGAUAUCUAUCAAAUAACUAGGAUACAGGGUUUUUUAAAGGGUAAAAUUCGACAUACUGGUAAACAUUAAUGCUACGGACACAGACACGCACAGACAAACAAUAAGAAAUAUCGAACAACCACACACACAAAUAUGUGUGUUAGUGUGUAUGUGCGCACGCGCAUAGCACAUGCAGAGCAGAGCAAAAUACGUGACUCACUCGUCUUUCUUUCCUGGUCAUUAGCCAACCUCAAAUUUUCCACCGUCUCUCUUUCUCUUCUUUCUUGAUACUGAUCAACCAUCCACUGUGUAAUACCCCGUUUCCCUUUUACUAGAGAUAGGCAAGACGGUGGUUUUUCAGUAUACGACCGCAUUCUUCCCGUAUCACGUUACAUAACCAAAUUACUUCCGUCUUUAACAAUUAACCAAACCAUUUCCGCUUUUAACAAUUAACUGAAGAGUUUGUUUUAGUUUGCCGCAAUUUCUUCACUUUUUCUUUCCUAACACUCUUUAGUUCGAUCUUCCCCUUCUCCCUAUGGAAUACGACCCAUCAUACUAUUAAACUUCAAAGGUCAUAAUCUUUGAUCUCUUUCUCACUCUCAACAUUCAACAUCCAUGCUUUGCUCCCAUAAAGUGCAAUUGAAAUUAUUAUUGCUCAUAAAAAAUUAGUUCUCCUUGUUAUUGUAAUCUUUUUUAUUUUACCUGACUGGUAUAAUUUUACUAAAGCCCCUGCAACUGGGUCUAUUCCGCCAUUUUAUGUCUUUGACCUCACAUCUUCUGAUAUUGUUCUGAAAUAUCUUAAAUCCAUGGCUAAUUUGAGGCUCUUCAUUACCCUUUCUCAUAGAUUGGCUUGUCUCUAUUUGUUGGUUCUUUUUUUUUUCAGAUCAACAUUAUACUGAUUCUUUUCGUAGUUAGCCAUGACGUUUUCUUACAUUGCUAAAUUUUCCCUAUCUUGUUCUUUUAAAUUUAUCAUAGCAAAAUGGAUAUCACUGGGAUCUAUAUCACCUAUUUUAGUAUUCCUUCCAAAUGUUUGACCUCAGGUUAACCCUGAUAUUGGAAACCUGUGACAUCUUGAUGUCUCUAGUCAGUCUAGUCAGUCAUGAACAGAAUCUAGUCAUGAACAAAGUCUGCCUCUAGUGAUGAACAAUAUAUUUGAGGCUUCACAAAGUGACAUGCCUCGUCCUGUCAAAAAUCUAGUCAUUACGAAGUGAUGAAGAUGGUUAAUUACACCUCAAAGCGAUAUCUCUAGAUAUGAACCAACCUUCAAAGUCCUUAUACUUGCUAGAAAUCAAUCUCUGAUCACUUGUUGACAAAGUGACAUUAUAAAUACUGGACAGUUAAGUCAGAACCAGAAAAUAUUUCAGAUUCGAUCAAUUUGCUAACUAUUUACAUGACAAAUUACGGUCUACAUUGCAGUACCAGUCAUAUGUAAGGGAUGAUGUUUCAUACACAAUGGUUUUUCGACCAAGUGUGUCUAUAGACUUCAACCACCGGUCCACAAAUGUGCUGUUUCUUCAAUAGCUAUAACACCACUGACCUGUAAACUUCCUCUCUCUGUUUCUUCUUCCGCUAUUACAUCACGAAUCCAAAGAUAAACUGUUUCCCGUCUCUAAUUCUUCUACCACUGCUACACUAUUAUCUCACAGAGAUAUUAUCUUCUGUCUACCCCCUUUUCUAGUGCUACACCACUACCUCAUAGAUGUGCUGUCUGUCUGUGUCAUGCUGCUAUUACAAUGUAAUGUGUCUCUUCGAAACAGUUAAAUACAUCCCCAUCUACCCAGGUAUACUGUUAUAGCCCUCUCUUCUCAUACCUCCUCCUUUUUUUAUUUUCUGUCUUACUUCCCAUACACAUAUACACACGCACACAUACACACACACACGCACGCAAACACACACACACACACACACACACACACACAUACAUACACACACACACAAACAUAUGGUGGCCUAGCUAUUAGACAAGAUAAAUCCUUGCUUCUUUGCAUCUAUUUUCGUGUGGAGAUUGAAGAGAAAAGCAAUUGAACACCCAUCAAGGAAGAUUAAAUUAUGAAAUCAAGAAUUCUCCUGAAUUAACAUGAGAUUAAGUAUAAAAAAACAAACAAACAAACAAUCCCUUUUAUUUCUGGAGUUAAGAAGACGGCUCUAAGUAUUUGCUUCUGGCUAGAAACAUAAGACAUAAAAUAAAAAUUACGAAUAGCUUAUAUAAUUAUUGUAGCAUUAACGUAUUUAAAUAUUAUAUAGUCACAAAAUUAUAUCACUAACAUAUUUAUUCAUUCUUUCUGGGAGAUUCGAACGUGAACAUGCUGAUUGCUGUUGUAUUUCGUCAUAGGAGAUCAUCUCUUUUUAGCUUUUGUGUGUUCAUAACACAUACGAUUCAUUGAUGAGGUGUUUCGACCUUAUUGUGUGUCUCUUCAGUCAAAGCUAUAUCAGGACAAUGAAUCUAAACACGAGUUGUGGACCUUGUUUCUAGAAAUAAGCAAACAAAUUAUCUGCUGAUGCUUGCGAUGUUUACUAAAGAGAUAGUAAUUGAUAUGAUGCGCGCAGAACAACGAGAAUCCGAACGACAACGUAUCCUAUUCAUUCUUAAUACGUUCUUGCAGAUUCGAACGUAAACAUACUGAUUGUGAAUAGCUCGGUAACUGCCAAAUCGCUAAUGAUUCAUUGCGUGCACCUAAUAAAUUAUAUAAUUACUGAUGUUUUCAUAUAGAUUUAUAUUUAUACACAGACAUACACCCGUACGUAUACACUCACAACACACGCCCACACAUAUACACUCGCACACACGCAUACAGCUGUAUAACACACACGACAUAAAAUAAGAACAAAAAAAUUAUUCAUAUUUACUUUUAAAUUUGAUAUAAAAGAAUAUAAUCUUGCUAAAGUGUAUUCAGAAAGUCUCGUCCGAAUAAAAAAAAAAAGUGCAGCUAAUCGGUAUUAAUUAAUUUAUAACAUUAAUUUGGUUAAAUUUAAUUAAUUGAUAUCUAAAUUUGAGUGCUGCUCACAUGCAUGGGACGAUUUUACUGCUGGCUUACAUGCCAUAGACCACUUACAAAAGAUAAUGAAUAUUAUAUUAAAUAUUGAAUUUUUUUCUGAUCAAUAAAUAUUUUGCU